ACGAAAUUGUUGUAGAAAAAUAAUUAGCAAAAGAGGAAAAAGGAAAAAAAAUCAGAGGAUCUAGGGUUCCUAUCUAGGGCUUUCUUGGACUUAUCCUCACUCUGUUUCUCCCUCUUCCUUUUUCUUUUUUCUUUUUUUUCUCUCUGUAUCAGUUCACUCUAAAUCGAAGAGCAAUCGACUAAAAAUUAAUCGGCGUAUUAGGGUUUUUUUGAAAAAGAUUUGCGGCACUGGGAGUUGGCGAUUUGAUUGCUAAAAAGCGAUUGAAUUUAUAAGAUAUAUAUAUCUAUACAUUUGAGAAUCGAAUCAACAUUUUUUUUGAUUUGUUAAUAUGGGAGGAUCGCAGAAAUCAAAAAGGGUUACUUGGGCCUCCGAUGUUAAUCUUUGUCAGGUGAGGCUCUUCUUGUCGGAAGAAUCUCCUUCACAAGUUGGAAUGGGAGCUCAAGACCAUCUCCAGGCAAAGGCAAUCUCAGGUGGAAUGGGGUCUGAUGACAAUUUGCCUCCAGGUUUUGAAGGAAUCCAGCCUGCAAAUCCAUGGAUAGUAAAGCUAGCUCAAAUACCAUUAGCAAAAUGGAAAUGGCCUCCAAGAUUUGAAGUUGAUAGCACUUGGCGAGUGGUAGCUGGGGAAGAGAGCAGAGAAAUAGAAGCCCAGAAUCAACGAGAAAUGAGAGUUCUGGAAGCCAUUUAUCCACGGCCUUCAGCUAUUCCUCCAAACCCUUCUGCAUUAGUUGGUGCGGAAGACUCGAGUGUUAACGACCAAUUCACUCCUCUGGUUCCCAUAACACCAAUUGAAGAUGAAGAUGCUACAUUGGAUACACCACUUAACUCCAUGGCUGCAAACAGCAAUCCCCUACUCUUACAGCCACAGCACUCAUCUCAUGCAUCUUUUUCCUCUCCAGGCAGUUCGUCUAUUAAUCUUCAUGCCAACGGUUUUCCAGCUGCCAGUGUGGAGCCCGAUAUUGUGGCAGCUGCACAAGCCGCAUUGACUUCAGUCAUGUCAAACGCCGAUCAGGGAAAUCUAAUAGAUCGUGAAUUGCUCAUUAAGAUUCUCAGCGACCCAAAAAUGAUUGAGCAACUAGUUAUAAACCAUGCUACGCAAAAUGCUCCAUCAUCCAGCACACAGAAUAUGCCAUCGUCUUCCCAUUUCCACAAUGUUGCAGCCACUGGAGCACAGACUAUUGUAUCCUCCAGCACACAACAUAUGCCGUCAUCCAACUUGUUGCCAUCCAUUGGAAUGCAAAAUGUUGCAUCUUCCAGUACUCCAAGUAUGCACAAUACGCCGUCCACCAGCUCACAGUAUAUUCCUGAUCUGAGGUCGCCGCCGAAGAGUUCAUUUGAUCCGGUCAAUGUUGCUGUCAAUAGAAGAGAAGCACUUUCUGCUCACGUUAGUCGGCCGGAGCUCAUUGCACAUUCUAGGCCUACAACAACUGGACCUUUUUACCCUCCAAGUCGGAUGGGAUCCAUCCCCAACAUAAGGCCGUCUGUCCCUGAUGUCAUCUCUGCACCCUCUCCAUCUGCAGGAGCUCCCGUAAAAAAGGAUAUCAAUUAUUAUAAGAGCCUCAUUCAGCAACACGGAGGAGAAAGACGAGAGACUAUGCCUCAAUUUGCUCAUCAAAGCAACCAACCACCAGGGUCGAGUCAAGAACCUUUGAAUGUGAUGAAACCAAGAGAGUCGAAACCGAAGAUAAUGAAGCCAUGCAUCUACUUCAACAGUUCGAGGGGUUGCAGAAAUGGAGCUAACUGCGCCUAUCAGCACGAUAUGUCAUCCCAGCAAAGGGUCAGUAGCAUUCCGGAGGUUCAGAAUGCUAAGAGAGUGAAAUUGGAUAGAGAAAUUACUGGUACAUAACUAUGCAAUCAACAUCGUCGUGUAUAUCUUUAUUUGAGUAUGGUUUUAUCCCCGGCCUUAUCUUUCUAAUUCCACGACGAGGAUGAAUUCAUAUUUGUUUAUUCAUAUCUGUGAGAUUUUUUGCUCAAAUUUUGAAGUUACAGAUAAUAAGCUGCUACA